GCUGGCGGUGUCUAAUCAAUUCAUGAAUGCUAUUUCCAUGUGCCCUGUUUUAUCCUACACAGAGCGAGCAGAGAAAAGUAGAGUAAGGACUACCCACUGGCAACUACAUAUAUAUACCUUAUCUCCGUCCAUCUUCUGUUGUUCUCACUUCAUAGGCUGAUAUACGUACAUAUCCCAAACGCCAUUAAAGAUUGAAGUUGGAAACUAAUGGAACAGAGAGGAGGCUGCAACAGGGGAUUGCAGGGCCUGAGUGCUCUGUUCUUCUCCUUCAGUACUCUGUUCUGCUGCCUGCAUCUCCUUGUGUUGUUUUCAGGAGGAUGCGUUGAAGGCUACAAGAACUACACCGUCGGUGACUCCCUGGGCUGGUAUGACAACCUCCAAAAGCCCUCUGUUAAUUACCAAAAAUGGGCGUCUUCCAAACACUUUUCUCUUGGAGAUUUCCUCAUUUUCAACACCGACAGCAACCACUCGGUGGUGCAGACCUACAACUUCACCACAUACAAGCACUGCGACUACGACGACGCCCAGGACACCGACACCACCGAGUGGCUCGGCGGCGAGCCCUCCGCCACCAACCCUCAGCCCGUCUCCUUCCCCGUUCCCCUCCUCAAAGAGGGCAUGAUUUACUUCUUCUCCGCCUACUACGACGGCGACCAGUGCCACCACGGCCAGCGCUUCAAAAUCAACGUCACCCACGGCCAGGGCUUGCCGCCCAGCUUGAAGAAUCAGAGCCCCUCGGCCACCGGCGCCUCCCUUGCUCCGGCGGCUUCCCCGGACGCCGUCGGCGAGGAGGCCGCGCCGGAUACCAUCGUCUCCUCCAAUUUCGACAAUCCGCGGGAGGAGCGCGGUGAUGCUAAGCAUUCAUCGUCGGGGUGUGGUUCUGUGUUGGGUGCUGUGAAGGCAUUGGAUGGGAAAUUGAGUGGAAUUUUGAUUUUGUUGGGUUUGGUUUUUAUUGUUUAAUUGAUUUGUGGGUUCAUUUUUUGGGUUCCCUUUUAUGUGCAUUGCAUUUGGUUAUCGUACUAGUUGAAUGAUUGUAUAGAAUAUAUAUAUAUUGAGAGAGAGAAAAUAAUUUAUAUUUAAUUUUUU